AAGAGUGGAGUACUGAAGUUAAUGUUAUCAAGGAACCACAUUUUAUUUUUGAUAUGACAUUAUUCAGUGUAUACUGAGAUUACAUUAUUGAGACCGUGAGAAGAUUUGGAUUACGUAUUUUAUCCGAUUGUAAACGCUCCUCCCUCCGUUGUUCUGAUCAUUGUUGCUUUGUUAUUGCAAGAGAAAACCACAGGAUGGCGUACUUGAGAUUCACAUAUUGGUUGCUAGCUACUGUACAAGGAUUGUUUUCCCACCCAAAUAUGCAUGCUGUCAAUCGGUAGGGUUUGAUCUUUUGUUGGACAGCGGUUUGAACGCACCAUUGACAUAUAUUCACUGCCCAAGUAUGAACAUGACCUGAAAAGAGAUGAUAGCUGAACCAAUAGCCUCCAGAUCCUCAAUUCAAAAAGAGAACUCAGUCAUUGAAGUCACUUCCUCUGGUUCUACAAAUCACAAUGGCAAUGAAAACAGACAAAAGAAUGUGAGAGGGAAGAGGAGGGCACGGGAGGUGUCAGAAAACUCCAAGCGCAGGUUCUCCGAGCCCAGGGGUGGCAGUCCAGGCGGGGCGGAGCGCCACCAUCUUAAAAAUGGGGACAUCGAGGCCGUCACCCUGUUUGAGGUGGUCACCAUGGGGAGGAGUGCCAUUCAGGCAGUGGUGGAUGACUGGAUUGAGGCCUAUCAUGCUGACAGAGACACUGCCCUGCUGGACCUCAUCAGCUUCUUCAUACAGUGCUCUGGAUGCAAAGGCGUGGUCACGGCCGAGAUGUUCCAGAACAAACGGCACACCGAGGUGAUGAGUAAAAUGGUGGAGGAACUUGAUGAGGGGUCUGGCUUACAGUAUAAAAAGUUCCUGGCUUUUCCUUGGAUUCUUACAGUCACAUGGCCUUUGGACAUGGACAGUGGGGAGUACCCCCUCACCAUGCCUGGCCUCUACUGGAAGAGAUUCCGCAGCAACUUCUGCGAAUUUGUGUCAGUGUUGGUGUCCCAGUGCCAAUACAGCAUCAUCUUCGAUAGCCACCUGAUGGACACGCUGAUCUCGCUGCUUACCGAGCUGUCCGAUUCCAGGGUGCGGGCCUUCAGACACACCUGCACGCUGGCAGCCACCAAACUCCUCAGUGCCCUGGUGGGUGUGGCCCUCAAUCUCAGUGUUAGUGUGGACAACAGUCAAAGGCUUUAUGAGGUGGAGAAGGGCAAGGCUACUUCUAAAAGAGCCGGAAUCCGCCUCGAGAGAAUUCAGGCUAAGAUCACUGAGCUGCAAGAAAAGAGGUGCGAAAUAGAAAACAUGAUGGAUGCCAUUUUCAAAGGGGUCUUUCUUAAGAGAUAUCGGGACCUGAUUCCAGAGAUUAGAUCAAUUUGCAUGGAAGAGCUGGGCAUCUGGAUGAGGCUGUACAGUCCGGUGUUCCUCAACGACAGCUACCUAAAAUACCUGGGAUGGAUGCUGCACGACAAGCAACCUGACGUCCGUUUAAAGUGUGUGUUGGGGCUCCAGGGACUUUACGGCGAUACACUUUUAAACUCCAAACUGGACCUUUUCACAAGCCGUUUUAAGGAAAGGAUGGUGUCCAUGACUCUGGAUAAGGAUCAUGAAGUGGCAGUGCAGGCUAUGAGGCUCCUAAUGGUCAUGUCUCAGUCUUGUGAGGACAUCCUGAGUACGGAGGACUGUAAGCACAUGUACCAGUUUGUCUACUCCUCCCACAGGCCACUGGCCGCCACAGCCGGAGAGUUCCUGUACAUAAAGUUACUUAGCACUCCUGCUGUCCCUGAGCCCAGUGACGGGGUAUCAGACCUGGAUCGCCACAGACACCUGGUGGGUGCCAGGGUCCGGGCCCUACUGCAGUUCUACAGGGAGAGUAAGCUCCACCAGCAUGUGGUGUAUCUGGUGGACAGCCUGUGGGACUCCGCAGGAGCUCUGCUGAAGGACUGGCCUUCUCUAACCUCACUGCUGCUCCAACACUCCUCCUCCUCCUCCUCAGGACCAGGUCUGGGCAGCGCUCAUGAAGGCCUUGUGAUUGAACUCUUGCUGGCAUCAGUAAGGCAGGCCGCUGAGGGUCCGCCACAGGCAGGGAGAGGCACCAGCAAGAAGGUGAUCAGUGCCAGAGAGAGAAAGGCCCAGACUGACGACUGCACAAGGCUGACCGAACACUUCCUGGUGGUUCUUCCUGACUUACUAUCUAAGUACUCAGGUGAUGCAGAGAAGGUGUCCUGCUUCCUAAAAAUACCUCAGUAUUUCCAAAUGGACGCCAGUAACACAGCAUGUUCCGAAAAGCACCUGAAGGCCCUGCUGGCUCAGAUGGCUGCUGUGUUGGAGGUGCACACAGACAGCGCAGUGCUGGAGGCUGCUGCCCGCACGUACCAGGCCCUCUGCUCCGAUGACGUGCCGUGGGAAAGCCUGGCGUCUCUGGCCCUGGACGAAAUGGUCCAGGGCUGGGCGGAGAGGCUGGACACACUGCUGAGAGACACGGUGGAGGAGGAUGGCACAUUCACUGCUGAUGAAGUGCAGACAGAAGAGAUUUUGUCCAUCCUGAAGAGAGUCACCACUUUCCAAAAUUCUCAGGACCUAUCCAGAUGGGGGCUCUAUGACUCGGUUUCUCGUCUGCUUGGAGCGGAGGUCCAGCGUGGAGCUCUGCCUCCCCAGGUCACUGUACAGGCCUUGCAGUGCGUGUGCUACGCAGUCCUGUGGCAGCUCGGCUCCUGUGGAGAAGGCUUACUUUCCAGGGAGAAAGCCCUCACUCAGAGGAACCAGCUCCGUGGUUUCUGCGAAAAGUGCCACCGCUGUCUCUCCCAUAGUAACCUCACAGUGAAGGAACAGGCCUUCCUGUCACUGUGCGACCUCCUCACCGCUCACAGCUGUCAGCUCCAGGCGUGGGACCACUCCGCUGGCGCACCCGUCCUCUACACCCCCGACCCCAAACUGCAGAGGGCGCUGUUGGCCUUCAUCAUGGAGCACGUUUUUACCGGAGCGGAGCUCGACAGCCAGAGCAGGGCCAGCGAAAGCGACUCGGCCAUGAAUAAGCUUGAGGAUCUCCACAAGCGCAGAAACCUGCUGGCCGCCUACUGCAAGCUGAUCGUGCACACUGUCCUGGAGAUGAGCAUGGCGGCAGAGGUCUUCAAGCAGUACAUGAAGUAUUACAACGACUUUGGUGACAUCAUCAAGGAGACCCUGAGCAGGACCAGGCAGAUGGACAAGAUUGAGAGCGCGAGGACCCUGGUUCUGUGUCUGCAGCAGCUGUUCCUCAGGUUGAAACAGGAGCAGGACAGUGGGACUACCUGCAGCUCUGGAGUCCAAACCUUCAGCAGCAUCAAGGAGCUGGCCCGUCGCUUCUCCCUCACCUUCGGGUGGGACCAGGUCAAGUCCCGCGAGUCCCUGGCCAUGAUCCACAGGGACGGCAUUGAGUUUGUCUUCCAGGGAUUCGUGCAGAAGUCUGAGCGGCACUCCCCGCCCUACGUCUCGUACCUGACCAUCCUCAGCGAGUUCUCCAGCAAGCUACUGAGGCCUGACAAGAAGACUGUGUACAGCUACCUGCAGAGGUAUGCCGGGGAACACACGGUCAACAACAGGGAUGAGUCCUGGCUACCCCUGGUCUACUACCGAGCGUCUCUGCUGGCCACGGCCGACGGAGAAGAUGCCGUCUCCUUCAUCAGCUCUGAUACCUUCAAGCAGCCCUCCAACCACUCCCGUUCCCCGUCAAUCAAGCAGCCUCCCUCUGAUGGAGAGGUGCAGAGCGGUGCCUGGCUUCCCCUCAGGAGCCCUGACAUGAAGACCCCUCCCUUGUCGGGAUCUGCAGAGGCCAAAGGGAAGAAAGCGUUAAAAUCCAGCACAAGCCAAGAGGGGGAGGAGGCGGAGCUGCGGGUUACCACGGUGACACCGGAGGGCCAGCUGAAUGGCGCCAACGAUGACGUGGAUGUAGACACGGUGGAAGUUGACCUGUAGGCCGGUUGGAGACUCUGUCUGGAUGCUGACAUCACAUCACGGACUCAGUGUUAUGUUUUGAAGUCUGCCCGGAGUCCUGCACUUCCGAAUGCCAUAUACCAAGAAUGUCUAAACUGUGGCAAUUACAUUACAUUACAGUUAUUUAGCUGACACUUCAAUCCAAUGCGGCAGUUGAUUUGUCUAAGCAGGGGCCAAUCGCUCCUGGAGAAAUGCAGGGUUAAGGCUCUUGCUCAAGGGCCCAACAGCUGCACUUGUCUUACUGUGGCUACACUGGGACUUGAACCACCAACAUUCCAGGUCCUAGUCAAGCACCUAAGCCACUAUGGGGUCAAACCUGAUUUUGCCUGUGAAAGAGGUAGAUAUUAAAGAAAUAACUUGAAUGGGUUAAGGUAAGCUGAAUGCUAAGUAUACCAUAGUAGGGUGAUUCAAAACAUGAUUUAUGAAAAUAAAUGGUAUAAGAAAGAAAAUGAGAAACAUGUCAUAUACAUAUUCUGAUCAUACAAUGUCUGAUGCUGUAUUUCCAUGUAAAUGCCAUGCUCUUUGCAGCAGGCAUUGAAACAUCAAUUCUGUUUAAAAAUGAUUUGCUUGCCUUCGCAUCUGACAUUUUUGGUAAUUACAGGUCAUUGCAGGGAUUCUUAUUUUGCCUAUGAAGCUCAUGAUUCCCCCAUGCCUAGUAUAGAAAGACGUCUGUUUAUAAUGUCAGCUGUUGAUUUCUCCUCUGGACAUAGAACGGUUUUGCAUUGUGUCUGUACCCUGUGCCACAGGUGGCAUUACGGUGACAAAAGCAACUUAUCUCUCUUACUGCUCAGACUUGAGUUCUCACAGGUUUUAACAUUGUGACUGGACUUUUUAAGUGCAUACCAGAAGUAAGCUAAGAGAUGCUACAAGUCUCUCUGGUUAGUUCUUUAAUGCAGGGCAUGGUUAAUCACGUACUCGUCCUGCAGUCUGGACAAUACGUAUUGGUAUUGUAGGUUAGAACUAUAUACUGUGGUACGGUACUGUUGUCAGUACUGUAAUUCUCAAAGCUUUUGAAACUUUUCAAAUAACACGUGACCCAGAGCAGGUCCAUUCAUUGUGGACCACGUCACAGUUGAAGAUGAUAU